AUGUCUCGUUUCUUCCACGGCGGCAGUGACAGCGAAAGCUCGUCUUCUGACGAGGAGGAGCUCUACAGUGAUCGCGAUAAGCCUGAGGAUGAGGAGUCCAGCGAAGAAGAGUCUAGUGAGGAAGAGUCCUCUGAGGAGGAGAGUGAUUCCGAUGACGAUGGUGGUUUGCAGGGUGCGAGCAAGUUCUACAAGUCAACCAAGGCCGCCGUUGAAUCGGACGAGGAUGAAGAGCGAGUUACUGUUAUGAAGAGUGCGAAGGAUAAGAGGCUAGAGGAGCUGGAACACACAAUCAAGGUGAUUGACAAUGCGGAGAGGAUUAACGACUGGGCGGUUAUUUCAACCGAGUUCGAUAAACUGAACAGACAGACUGCCAAAAUUAUCCAGUCAGGUCCUAUUCCUAAGAUUUAUAUCAAGGCCAUUGCCGACCUGGAGGACUUCAUGAACGAGACACUUGCGAAGCAGAAGGUUUCCACCAAGAAGAUGAACGCCAACAACGCAAAGGGGUUUAACACUGUUAAGCAACGUCUAAAGAAGAACAACAAGGAGUACAGUACCGAGAUCGAAAAGUACAGAGAGAAUAAGGAAGAAUACAUGGAGCCCGAGCAAGAGGAAGAAGUGGUGGUGGUGGAGCGUGCUCCCCGCGCGACUACUCGCUUGGACGACGUUAUGAUCGGGGACGACAGCGGAUUCUCGACCGUUGGUCGUGGUGGAAAGGCCCUUCAAUAUACCCCUGAGAGUAUUCUCAAACAUCUCCGUGUUGUCGUAGAGUCCAGAGGGAAGAAGAACACCGACCGCCUUGAACAAAUCCGAACAAUGGAGAAGCUCCUCGAGGUUGCCACUACUCCAUACCACACAAUCCGAACCCUCCUGACCCUCAUUUCUACCCGCUUCGACCUCAGCACUACUUCUGCAAACAACUUUUUGGGCACAGACCAGUGGAAGCUCGCCGAGCGAGAGAUCACCUCCCUGCUCCAGACAUUGGAGGAGAAUCCCGCUUAUGUUGUCACCGAGGGUGCCGAGGAGUGGGAAGAUGAUGAGAAGAUGCCACAACUUGCUCCCGGUGAAGUUCUCAAGGUUCCUGGAAGCAUUGUUUCCCUCGUGGAACGAUUAGAUGACGAGCUCACCCGCUCUCUGCAACACAUCGACCCCCACACAGCAGAGUAUAUCGAGAGACUCAGCGACGAACAGCUUCUAUACAACAACAUUGUCCGUGCUCUCAUUUAUGUUGAGAAUCUAAACGAGACCGAGAAGUCCGAACCCAGACAGGACAGCGUGAACAGGGUCUUGAUGAGAAGACUAGAGCAUGUCUACUUCAAGCCUGCCCAAGUUGUUGCAAUAAUGGAAGAGAACUCCUGGAAAGUUAUUCCUGAGAAGCUAGACUCGGGAAUCACCCCUCGCGCGAAGAGCACAGAUGUUUCUGCCUUGGUACAGACCCUCUGCAACUAUCUGUUCCAGUACAGUGACGGCAUCAUCAGGGCUCGUGCUAUGUUGUGCCAGAUCUAUUUCCUUGCCCUCCACGACAGUACCACCAUCCUAUUCAACCGGACUCUCGUACAAAUUGGCCUCUGUGCUUUCCGUGCCGGUCUUGUCUACGAAGCCCAAAACACCCUUUCAGAGGUUUGCGGCAGUGGACGACAAAAAGAACUCUUGGCCCAGGGCAUCAUUAUGCAAAGAUAUUCUUCCGUCUCCCCCGAGCAAGAGAAACUUGAGCGUCAGCGCCAGCUUCCUUUCCACAUGCACAUUAAUCUCGAGCUUCUAGAGUGCAUCUACCUCACGUCCAGCAUGUUCCUUGAAGUUCCGCUAAUGGCUCAAACCUCAUCAUCGCCCGAGCUCAAACGACGAAUCAUCUCAAAGACUUUCCGAAGAAUGCUCGACUACAACGAGCGACAAGUCUUUACCGGCCCACCAGAGAAUACCCGUGACGGUGUGAUUAUGAGUGCGAAAUUCCUCGCCGCUGGUGACUGGAAGAAGGCCUCUGCAACCCUUAACUCCAUUAAGAUCUGGGACCUGAUGGCCCAACCCGACAAGAUCAAAGUCAUGCUCGCCGAGCAAAUCCAAGAGGAAGGUCUACGCACUUACUUAUUCACUUACGCCCCAUUCUACGAUACCCUCUCCAUCAGCACUCUCACCGCCAUGUUCGAGCUCUCAGAAAAGAGAAUAUCCGCUAUUAUCAGCCGUAUGAUCUCUCACGAAGAACUAAGCGCCGCCCUUGACCAGGUUAACAACGCUAUUGUCUUCCGCAAGGGUGUAGAGCUGUCCAGACUUCAGAGCCAGAUUGUCACACUCGCCGAUAAGUCGAUGUCUCUACUAGAAGCCAAUGAAAAGACCCUUGAGCAACGAACACAAGGCAUGACCAAUGCUUUCCAACGUGACCAAGGCCACGGCGGACGAGGUGGCGGGCGUGGUGGCAGAGGCGGACAGCGAGGCGGUGGUGGUCGUGGUGGAAUUGGAGGACAAGGUAGAAGGCCCGGUAACCAGCAAUUCAGUGGCGGUGCCCUGGGUGGAGCGAUCCGAGCAUAA